UCCCUCCCUCCCUCCUUCCCUACGCGGGGUUCCGGCGGCGGCGGCGGCGGCGGCUCUCGGCGCGGGCAGGUCCCUCUGCUGCCCAGUCCCAUUUGUUGCCGAGUCCGGCUCGGAGCGGCAGCAGCGUGCGGAGCUCCCGGGAGCGCGGCGGGGCAGCCGCACAGCCACGACGGAGCAGCCGCGGGACUGGCCGCCCCGCGCCCCCUUCGCCGCCGUGCCCUUCCCCGGCGCGCUCACCCCCUUCUCAGGAUGGGAUUGUAGCGGAGGCGCGGACUCGGCGGGGAUCGCGGCGGAGGAGGCGGCGGCGGCGGCCGAUCGGGGCUCCAUGUUUUCCCCUGGCCAGGAGGAGCACUGCGCCCCCAAUAAGGAGCCGGUGAAAUACGGGGAGCUGGUGGUACUGGGGUACAAUGGUGCUUUACCUAAUGGAGACCGAGGCCGGAGGAAAAGCAGAUUUGCUCUCUAUAAGCGGCCAAAGGCGAAUGGAGUCAAACCCAGCACGGUCCACGUGAUAUCCACGCCGCAGGCAUCCAAGGCUAUCAGCUGCAAAGGUCAACACAGUAUAUCGUACACUCUGUCAAGGAAUCAGACUGUGGUGGUGGAGUACACGCAUGAUAAAGAUACGGAUAUGUUUCAGGUGGGCAGAUCAACAGAAAGCCCUAUCGACUUCGUUGUUACAGACACAAUUUCUGGCAGUCAGAACAACGAUGAGGCCCAGAUUACACAAAGUACCAUAUCCCGGUUUGCCUGCAGGAUUGUCUGCGACAGGAAUGAACCUUACACCGCACGGAUAUUCGCAGCUGGAUUUGACUCUUCCAAAAACAUAUUUCUUGGAGAAAAGGCAGCGAAAUGGAAAAAUCCUGACGGCCACAUGGAUGGGCUCACUACUAAUGGCGUUCUCGUGAUGCAUCCCCGAGGGGGCUUCACUGAGGAGUCCCAGCCUGGGGUCUGGCGUGAAAUCUCAGUCUGUGGAGACGUGUACACCCUGCGAGAAACCAGGUCAGCCCAGCAAAGAGGAAAGCUGGUGGAAAGCGAGACCAACGUCCUGCAGGACGGCUCCCUCAUCGACCUGUGCGGGGCCACGCUCCUCUGGAGGACGGCGGAUGGCCUGUUCCACACCCCGACGCAGAAGCACAUCGAAGCCCUGCGCCAGGAGAUCAACGCCGCGCGGCCGCAGUGCCCCGUGGGGCUCAACACCUUGGCCUUCCCCAGCAUCAACAGGAAGGAUGUGGUGGAGGAGAAGCAGCCCUGGGCCUACCUCAGCUGCGGCCACGUGCACGGCUACCACAACUGGGGCCACCGGAGCGACACGGAGGCCAACGAGCGCGAGUGUCCCAUGUGCAGGACUGUGGGCCCCUACGUGCCGCUCUGGCUCGGCUGCGAGGCGGGCUUCUACGUGGACGCCGGGCCCCCCACGCACGCUUUCACCCCCUGCGGACACGUGUGCUCCGAGAAGUCCGCCAAAUACUGGUCCCAGAUCCCCCUGCCUCACGGGACUCACGCGUUCCACGCCGCCUGCCCUUUCUGCGCCACGCAGCUGGUCGGGGAACAGAACUGCAUCAAAUUGAUUUUCCAGGGACCCGUGGACUGAUGCCCCGGACAGCCGUGUGCGACUUUAUUAACAAGUUACUGUGAAGAUUUUGCCACUAACUCUAGAUUUUACCUUUUUAUAAUGCUGUUUAUUAAGGGGAGGGGGGACCUGAGGCUGGGGAGGAGGGGCGGGGGAGGGCAAAAAGGGGGGUGGGGUGUCACGGCCCUGAGACAUGCCCGGAAUUUAAGACCACAGUGGCGUGGUGCAUGCUCUGAACAGCGGCAUUGUCAUCGAAGUAUGCUUGAUGCAACCAUCCUAUCUUUGUACUAAUUGGAUUAAAAAGGCCAUGCUUUUAUUUUAACCUUGGGUUUUUAAACGAGGUUUUCCUUUGUAAACUUGGACGAGACUUGAAAUCCUAUUUUACAAAUGCAGACGAAAUUCAUUCAAAAGGUGUUGCCUCUCCAUGUGUGCCCUUCCAUGCAGCGUGGUCUCGGUGGUGACCCGGGGCCGUGCGCGGCGCCUUCAGAGCCUUGACCAAGGCUGGGAGCUGAGCGGCUCCGGCUCCGCCGCUCGGUACAAA